CGCCGUUGCGCUCCUCGUCUCCAAAGCUCCGUCUCCACCAGCAUGUCCUCAGACAUGCAGCCCCGGUGCCAUGAAGCGGACCAAAACACGCCGAGAGCACAUUGCGCGUACAGUGGCCAUGGCUAUUAACCAUGCGGCUGGAGCCAGAUAUGCUCAUCGCUUCCUUCUGUCAAAGAGAAGUCUCUUUGGUGCUAAACUUAGUGCACACUCCCUGAAUAUGCCAGCAAAGCACAAGAAAGCUCAGCGGACUGCUUAAUGCUCUUUGUUCCAUCUGAGUAGGAGGUGGCAACAAAAGACCAAAUGCCAUGGAUGUAUUCAAUUUCACAUAUUGGAAUGCCUCAGAAGGCAACGGGACAGAAACUGUGGAAGAGAACGAUAGCGCCUACAAGACCGUGGAGGUAGUUUUCAUCGUGCUAGUGGCUGGUUCCCUCAGUUUGGUCACAAUUAUUGGCAAUAUCCUGGUCAUGCUCUCCAUCAAAGUGAACAGGAACCUACAGACUGUCAACAACUAUUUUUUGUUUAGUCUUGCAUGUGCCGACCUAAUUAUUGGACUCUGCUCCAUGAACUUGUACACAGUUUAUAUAGUAAUAGGCUACUGGCCCCUCGGACCAGUGGUGUGCGACUUGUGGUUAGCCUUGGACUAUGUCGUCAGCAAUGCAUCUGUCAUGAAUCUUCUCAUUAUAAGUUUUGACAGAUACUUCUGUGUCACCAAGCCCCUCAGCUACCCUGUAAAGAGGACCACCAAAAUGGCGGGAAUGAUGAUUGCUGCUGCCUGGGUUCUCUCUUUUAUUCUCUGGGCUCCUGCUAUUCUCUUUUGGCAGUUUAUUGUUGGUGGGCGGACAGUACCUGAGAGGGAGUGCUACAUUCAGUUUUUUUCCAAUGCUGCUGUCACUUUUGGAACAGCUAUCGCCGCCUUUUACCUGCCUGUCAUUAUCAUGAUUCAGCUGUACUGGCAAAUCUCAAGAGCGAGCAAAAGUCGUGUGAAGAAGGACAACCGCAAGCCAUCAGGAACCAAUCCAGAACCUCUGUCACCUGGCCAGAGGAGAGAUAGCACUCCAAAACCCAACAAUAACAAUGUACCAGGGGAGGGCAUGGGGCAUUCUCAGAACCAGACUGUGGAUAAUGGGGCCAAUCAGCAUGAUGGGAAACUGCAGAAUGGCAAGGGACCUUCAUCCUCCACUGCUGAGAUAGAAAACGAGGGUGACAGUGUGCCAAGGGAGAACUGUGCCCCUGCUGAGGAAAAGGAAAGCUCCAAUGACUCAUCAGGGAGUGUGGCUGCUUCCAAUCCAAAAGAUGAAGAACCAGCACCAUCCACAGCCAACUCCAACGCUGAGACAAGUCAGCAACUCCCACGUCAACGAGCCAAGGCAGGGAGCUCUAAACUGACCUGCAUCAAGAUCAAAACUAAGUCACCUAAAGGGGACUAUUACACACCAUCGAAUGCUACCGUUGAGAUAGUCCCAAGCACAGAGCGUCAGAACCAUGUGGCUAGAAAGAUCGUGAAGAUGACUAAACAGCCUCCGAACAAGAAGAAGAAAGGUGCACCAUCACGGGAGAAAAAAGUUACACGCACCAUAAUGGCCAUCCUGGUAGCUUUUGUGGCCACCUGGACUCCAUAUAAUGUGAUGGUACUUAUUAAUACCUUUUGCUCCAGCUGCAUUCCCAACACAGUAUGGACUAUUGGUUACUGGCUGUGCUAUAUUAACAGCACCAUCAAUCCGGCCUGCUAUGCCUUGUGCAAUGUCACGUUUAAAAAGACUUUCAAACAUCUUCUUCUCUGCCAGUAUAAAAAUAUUAGGUCAGCCAGAUAAAUACAAGCCCCUGUGGAGGAGGCACUGACAUAUGGGUUGCCUGUAUGUGUGUGUGCACACGCUUGAGAUCUGUGUUUGCUAUUCAUGUGCAAGUGUUUGCUUUUGUGAAAGAGAUUGAGAAGAAUGAUAGAGUACAUUUUUAAAUCAAUUUCUAUGAUUUUACAAAUUUCUCUCAUUAACCAAUUGUAGCACUUUACACUUAAUUCACUGAGGCGAGCUGCUUUGGUGUGUAUUGCACAGAUGCAGCGUGGAUGAAAAAAGGUUGUAGAGGGGGAAAAGGGGUUUUUGAGACAGUAAAGCAAAGAAGGAAUGAUAAUAAGCUGAUAAAAUGCAGAUUAAAAAGAAGACCUACGCUAAAGGGACAGCAAGAAAUUUUCUAAAUGGGAAAAUAGGGCUGGCUGAAAUUACAAACCAUACGAGUUUGAAGUUCAGUUAAGAUACUUGUAGAUAACUGUACAUAAUGG